CAAAAAAUUGUCACACAGACUCUGAAUUUCUCACGAGGGAGAAAUGGGAGCUGAAUCAAGGGGGGAGGGGGGACAAGAAGAAUGCAGUGAACAAUUAGCAGGCAAUAACUCAUCUUUCCUGAUCUGAUGGUCCCAAGCCAUCCUCUGUACAGUGCUGAGAUGCCCCUGCAGUAAAGCAGCCCUUCCUUCUGGGUGUGCCCUGGUUCCUGGUGGGGCUGGGCAGGUUGGAACUGCCGUAGUCAUGGUGACUGGGUGGUGAGCGUGGUCUCAGUCUGCGUCCUUGCUUGUCAGAGCUCAGUAAUUGCUUAGAGGUUGCUCUGAGCCCUGCAGAAGCGGAGAGGAAGGGGCUGUGAGUGCUGUGCUGGAGCUGUCGGGGCAGUGAGCAAGCAGGGGGUGCCAGAAGGCCGGCGCAGGGCGUGCAGCGCCUGGAGGAGCCGUGGUGCUGGUUCUGUUUGAGGUCACAGACUGCUUCCAACAGACGGGGGCUGCAGCAACUGUCGCACACACUCUGAAUCCGCAGGCAGGACUGCUGGCACCAUGCAGGGCCGCAGGGCAGACAUGAACCAGCAGAUCCAGGAGCUGCGCAACAUCAUUGCCUUGCAAGGUGCUGCUCUUACAUUGCAUUGCAGGGACGGCCUGUGCAGAGCUGAAUCCGUGGGGGCUCUGGGGUGCAGGAAUGCGUGCACUGGUUGAGGGGUAGUGACCGUGGUGGCUUUGGACAUUGGUCUCCAGUGUGGCGCUCAAACAAAAUGGGUGACAGUCCCACAGGAGACAGAAUCUGCAGCGGCUUCCUGUUCCCGUGGGCGCAGUGACUGGAGAAAGGGGGCAUCAGGCUGCCACUGGGGCUCAGUGCAGCCUAGGCACUAGGGAAGCAGCAUUUGGCCCAGUGUCCCAUGUCUCUGCCUGGCCACUGUCCUUUCCCCAUUUCCCAAGCCUCUGGGGCAGAGGAGGGGACUCGUGUUCAACGUGGGGCAGCAGCAGUGGGUGGUGUGGCACUAACAGCUCCUUAACAUCCUGCAGAGCAAGGAAAAAAGUUUUCCAGGCAGUUGUCUGAGGAAAAGCGUAGGCAGAACAAAGAUCUGCUUUCCCGGCUGCACGGGACGUUGCGGGAGGACAUCCAUGCACUGGACAUUGCCCAGAAGCAUGACCAGCGCAUCAUGUCUGAGUUUUGCAGAGCGCAGAAGUACUUGUGUGGCAAAACUGUGCAGGGGGCCCGAGAGAAGCUCCGGAGCAGCAUCUUCGACCGGGUGAAUGCCUGCAACAUGCUGCUGCACGAGGUGAAGCGGAGGAGCCAGGCUCGGGAUGCCCUGCGGUGGCAGCUGCAGCAGCUGGUGGAUGUCAGGAUCGAUGACAAGAGGCACCAGGAGCAAGUGCAGAUGAUUCGCCAGCUGGAGAACAGCAUUGAGAAGAUGCACAUGAAAAUCCACGCUGGGCAGAAGGUGACCACGCUGUACCUGGCACUGCGGGAUGUCCUGAAGAGGGAGCUGGACUAUCUGCUUCUGCAUCUGGAGCUGCUGUACACCAUGGCUGGGGCGUACCACAGGGAGGUGCAGGACAGGGAGCUGAUGGCUUCAGGUGCUCUCAGAGCCAGUGACAUUACCAAGAAGGACCUGGCCAUGCUGGAAACCCGAUUCUUGGCAGAGGAGGAGCACAGACACCGCAUCCUGUCUGCCCAGAAGGUGCAAACCGACUGGCUGUGGCUCAAGGAGGCAAGCAAAAAGCACUCAAGAGCGCAAGCCAGGUAUGACCUGGCUGUGGACUUCCCCUCCCUGCUGAUGCAGGACUCAGCGCUGGGCUCCCAGGUACAAGCCACUAGGUCACAGAUUGAGCACGAGUCCUUUGUGACGGCGGAGGUGGAGAAGGCCAAGGCUGCGGUGCAGUGCUCCCGUGUCUGGGACAUCACCAGCAGGCUGCUGGCACAGCAGAAGUCCACAGCAGAGCUGGAGCAGCACAUCAGAGCCUGCAAGGAGAAGCGGUGGGCACUGAAGGACACGCUGCAGGAACUGGAGCUGAAGCACGCCAAGCUGAAGUUCCACCAGCCCCCAAGUGCUAUCAGCUGCAGGAAGCUGGAGGCAGAGCUACGGGAGCGCCUGCAGCAGGAGGAGGCCCGGCUGGAGCAGGCACGAGCCCAGUAUGUGAGGAACCAGGAGCUGCUGCUGCAGUUUGAGAACGGCAUCGACAACCUCAUCAUCCGUCUGCAUGGCAUCAACGUGCCUGAGCAGGAUCUCACCGUCGAGUUCAAAGGGGUGGAUGAGAAGCUGCAGCACUGCAGGCAGAAGCUGCAGCACCUGGCCCAGCGAGUGAGCUCCCUGCCUGCCCACAGCUACAGCCCUGAUGAGGACAAUGAGGUGCUUGGAUGCUCUGUCCUUGCUCUGGUCUUUGGGGGUCUCCACUUGUGGCUCUGUGGCACAACCCAAGAUGUCCUCCCUGCUGGAAGAAUGGAGGUGACCCUGGGGAAAGGGCAGGAUAGUGCUGGACACUGUGGAGUGUCCUCUUCCCAAGGGACAUCAAGGUGGGACACUCCUCAUGUCCUAACACCCGCCUUCCCUUCAGCAAUUAAUUCUAAGUCUUUCACAGACUUUUGUGAAGGUCAGGAAUUUAAUGGAGAAAACGACUGCGAGAGAGCCAUGGAACCUGAAGAUUCCCUUGGAGGAUAUAGGCUCAGGGGUGCAAGGUUUAAUAGAGCAGAGCUUUCUCAUUCCCUCCAAGUCUGUGGUAAAGCUGGAAAGGAAGAGCUGGGAGGUGGUCCUGGCACACUGCUCUCACCCACCUGGGGACAGACUGCGGUGGGAGCAGCUUUCUCAGCCAGAGCAAAGCCAUGGGUAGGCUGGCUGGUUUUCUUCCCCCUGGAUUUUGGGAUGCCAACACCUUUUCUGGGCUCAUGGCUUGCCGAAAAGGCUCUGCAGAAAGCCAAGGACACUGACCGGUGCAAGGGCACCCAACCUUCUGCUGUCCAAGGCCUCUGAGGCUGCUAUGGGGAGAUGUAUGGCUGGGGAAGGAGGGGAACUCAGGAUGGGUGCCCCAAUGUCCCUGCGGAGGAGAGCAGGGGCAGGGCUAAAAAUCAGAUGAAGGCCCCAGUGCAGAGCUGUCUAACCUCUUCAUGGACCUCUCGUGCCUGCUUCCUCCUCUGCUGCUUGUGCACACAUCACUCAACUCCCACUGCCUGCCCUACACUCAGAGCAAAGUCUGGGCAGCAGCUCAGAGGUGACAUCUUCCCCACUGGGCAGCACAGUAUGGGUCACAGGCACCUGGUUCCGCCAGGAGGCAUUUUGUUCUCUGCAAGCAAAGGCACACAUCAAAUAGUGCUGCAAAUAGAUGGUGCUGUUUCUCCAAAUACAGCCAACAGCAGAGGCCUGUAGUCCCUGCUGGAGACCCAGCAGCGUUUACCCCAUCCCUGCUCUCAGCGGGACGUCAUCACUGUCACCUCCACUCACUCCCUGGACUUCAUGCUGAUGUCAUUUGUCACCUCAUCAUGGCAGGGAAGGAACAGCUGCGUUUGCCAAGGGUGCUGAGGGACUGCUUGUCACGCCGGAUGCUCUCCAUGGGUUUUGUGAGGCUAUUGGUGAGGAGAAUGUAUGGCAAAAAACACAGCGUAGUUUGGAAACUGGAGUCAAGUCACUCAUCUGGGCUGAGGGUUUCCAUCAGCUGUGAGAGGAGCCAGAGAAAAGUGUUUGAGCAGAGGAAUCCCAAAACACUUCUCCAAUUGAUGGUUUGUGGCCCAUUGGCCAACAUCAGAGUAAUUCCUCAGUGCUCCAUCCACCUUUUCAAGAAGGAGAAGAGCAUUCACACACAGCGACGCUGUGGUUUUGGGUCUACUGAAACCCAUUAGAGGAGGAAGAUCCAAAGUCUCAUCACGAGUGCCACAGCAUCCCAAAUCCUUUACAUGUCUGAAAAGCCAUCCUGCAACCAGCGCCUGGGGUUUUAAUGCUCUUGUGCCACAGCGAUGGUGCAAGGAGUGGGAAGGAAACAGAGGCAGCGGCUUGAUCAAAAAUCUGGAUGCCCCAUGGCACAGAGAUGAAGGGGCAGGAGGACCUCACAGGGUUGGUCCAGGGAAGGGUGCAGAGCAUUCAUUUGGCUUCUGGGAAGGGAGAGCUGGUGCUGGCUGGAGCUUCAGCAGCCAUAGGGGUAGCACAGCACGGGGAAGGAGCAGAGAUUUCCUCUCCCUCCCCAAAAACAUUUCCUCCCACCGCGAGCGUUGCCAAAGGGUUGAAGGGAGCCACGGUGCCAGCGCUGGCAAGGGACCUAAAAUAGGACAUCAUAAACUCACAUCAGAGACUUGCUGCACUAAAAUAUCUCUGCCCUGGAAACGCUUGUGGGAAGGCUGGCUUUGGGUGGGUGUGGGUUUUUUUUAAGGAUGUGAUCAAAAUCACAUGAAACGAAGCAGAGCUAAGGGAAGGAAGACAGGCUGGAGCUGGUAUUGGAGCUUGAGCACUGGGGUUUUCCUGCUGAGGAUGCAAGCACAGAGAUGGGUGAGGGGCACCAAGCCAAGUCAGCUGCUCUGAGGUCACAGCAAGCAGCCUGGCCAGCUGUCCUGGGCAGGGAACAGUGGGCAUGGCCACCAGUGUGCUCCAGAAGGCAAACUAAUGCAGCCAGGGAAACUCAGGCACUUCUCCAUUCCCAUGUUGGCAUUAUGAUGAUUGAUAUUGAUGAAGGCGACUUAAGGCUCUCUGCGUAACAGAGGUACAACCUCGUUUUGCAGCAGGGUGACAAUGGGGUCAGGGUGCCCAAAGCAGCUCCUGCCCCUUCAAGGACCCUGCCCAAAGUGACCCGAAGAGCAGGACAAGAGGGGAGGUUAACAACUUUCUGAUGGCAAAAGCAUGUAAGAAAAGAGAAUCGGCCAUCUGGCCGAUCCAGGACAUGCUUUAACCACCCAUGUGGAUCCAGGGAAUGUAUGGAAGGGAUGAAGGGGAGCAGGGGGUAAAGAGGUUCCCUGAGUGCCUACAA